ACCACCUCAUUGGAAUCGCUCAAAGAGCGUAAGCCGACAUCAUGGCGAUCAAGGAUGAGGUGGAUUAUUUCGCCGUGAUGGGCUUAAAGCCUUCUGCAAGUGAGGCAGAGAUCAGAAGAGCGCACAAGAAGCUUUCAUUAGCUUUGCAUCCGGACAAGAAUCGUCAUAUGGAUCCUGCUAUUGCAGCUGCUCGAUUCAGUGAGAUGCAAUUGGCAUAUGAGAUUUUGAUGGAUCCAAGUGCUCGUAUUGCUGCUGCGGAAAGGAAUAAAGCAGAGACUGCACGAAAAGAAAGACAAGGCGCUUAUGAAGGCAAACGUAAAGCGAUGGCAGAGGAAUUGGAGAAACGAGAAACGGAAGAGCACGAAAAGCGAAUGAAGACGAUGAACGAUGAAAGAAGAAGGCGAGAGACUCUUGAGAGGCUACGGGAGGAAGGCAAACAAUUGCGGGAAAAGCAUGAACGCAAGAAGAAUGCUGAGACGAGUAAGAAGGAACAAGAAGAGCAAGAGCGGGACAAUCACCCGAUCAAUCGUACGACAGAGUCACCCGAGCCUGAGCUUGGCCCUUUGGAUUUGACUGUACGACUCAAGUUUCCCAGCGACCUUUAUGGUAAGCUACGAGGCAGCAUUCAAUCCGACAAAAGCUCCGAGACUCUAAAGACUCCUCUGGCGAAGGGACUAGUUGCACGAUUCGGCAAACUUGAAGCGUUGGUGUUCCGUCCAAUGAAAGAAGGAAAGCGGGAAUCGAGUGCUCUUGCGACUUUCAAGACAUUAGAUGCUGCAUUUGCCAGUGUAAAAGCAGGAAGCCAAUUCAAAGCUGGUGGAGCGGGAGCAGCAGAGGUGUUGGAGGAUGUUUGGAUCGAAUGGGCAGCCAGCAAGAAAGGUGGCAAAUCCGAAGAGAAUGGGAGCUCGACAUCGCAUCCAGGUGAGCCUGCCCGUAUUGCAUGGCUGAGAAAACAUGGCAAGUUGUCGGAAGGUGAUGAGAAUGCACGACAUACAAAGGCUGAUGCUCCUAAUAAAGCUUCUGAAGAGAACAUCUUGACAAGAAUGAGAGCAUCUUCAUCCAACAAUGGCAAUGGACAAAACUCUUCAAAUGGAAGCCACUCCAGUGCUUCCCGACAACGAUCAUCCAUCAACGAAUCUGACAUUCUACAACGUAUGCGGGAUGCUGAGAAGAAAAGGCAAGAAGAAGCCAUCCUGCAAGCCGACGCUGAGUAGACAAUUAGCGAUGCAAACCAAUACUGUAUCAAUAGCAUCUGUAUCAUACAUCUGAUCGUGACCAAUCUGUAAUCAUACCAGCAUAUCCUAAUCACAUAGACACACUUUUCAUUUUCUCGAG